AUGGAGUUCCCUGGCAGAUCCAAUCAGCAUUUAUGUAACGACGGUUGUGGUGGUAAUAACGACGAGAAUGUCUGUUCUCAGACAGGAGAAGAGUUUUCAAACGAGUUUUUAAGAGACUUUUCUGCUCAACGCAGACCACAGGCUGUUGUCAACAGAAACGUGGAAGCUAAUCUUAAUAAUCGACAUCUUGUGUACGAGGAUUUCAAUAGGAUUCUUGGUCUUCAAAGAGUUGAUUCCAACAUCUCUGAAGGUAUUAUUUCUAAUCAUCCCUCAAAUGUUGCUGACUCGCCACGGAUGAAUGCAACAACAACAACAUCAGAUGCUUUUAUGCCGGAGAUUUUGAAGCUUCUUUGUAGCUUUGGAGGAAGGAUCUUACAGAGACCUGGUGAUGGGAAGCUUAGAUACAUUGGAGGGGAGACUAGAAUCAUCUCCAUACGGAAACACGUUGGAUUAAACGAGCUGAUGCACAAGACUUACGCUUUGUGUAACCAUCCACACACGAUCAAGUAUCAGUUACCAGGAGAAGAUCUUGAUGCGCUUAUAUCUGUUUGCUCUGAUGAGGAUCUUUUGCAUAUGAUUGAAGAGUAUCAAGAAGCUGAAACAAAAGCUGGCUCUCAGAGGAUAAGAGUCUUUCUUGUGUCUUCUACAGAAUCAUCAGAGUCUCCCAAGAUUUUUAACGAGAGGAAUGUGAACAACGUAAACCGAGAUAUCGAUCAUUAUCAGUAUGUUUCAGCCCUUAACGGUGUUGUGGAUGUGAGUCCUCAAAAGAGUUCAAGCGGACAAAGCGGGACUAGUCAGACGACACAGUUUGGUAAUGCUUCAGAGUUUAGUCCCACGUUUCAUAUCCGAGACUCGCCUACUUCAGUUCAUAACAAAGACAGUAAUAGUCCAACAACGUUCAUGAAUCCAUAUAUGAGUGGUGUUCAUUUUAUGCCUAGAAUGCAGAUGCCUGUUCAACAAUCUCCUCCACCAUCUCCUUUCUCAGUUCACAAGAGAGCAAACACUGACAUUCCUUACUUUGUUGAUCAAAGUAGUUUCUUUGAGAACAACAAUAGUCGCCCUUACUUGGUUCCUCCAAACUUCCCACAGCAACAUAGGUUCUUGUAUGAGAGUAAUACACAACAGACGCAGAAGCAUCAUCCAGAGAUGAGUCUUCUUGACAGGAGCCCAAGCGACGAUAUUUACCCUCAUGGCCAAGCUUAUAAGGUGACGCUUAAGAAAAACGCUCUCUCUGAUCCACAGCUGCAUGACGAGAGCCAAAUCAACAAUGGGCUAGAAGCAUUUACUAGACAACCUUGGAAGAUACUGAGAAAGAAGCUGCAUGUUGUGGCAACGUCAAAGUGGGAAGAAGAUAGUGAUGAUAUCUAUUUCAAGAAGCCGGAAGGCGGGAGGAGGAGUAAGGAGCUUGAUCUCAACAUGGAACCUCCUGAUAAUUUGAUGGAUCGUGAUCAUCAGUCAUCAAAGAAACAUGGUGUUAGUAACAAUACUAAUUAUUUCAGUCCGAAUUAUCAACCAUCUGCUCAGGUGACUUCAAGUGAUUCACAAGAUUCAGGAAGCUCAGUGUUUUCUCUAUCAGCCAACACCAACGAGAAUCAUAUUGGUGGUUCAAGGGACAAAUCAAAUGGGGGUUUCCAGCAUGACAUCUCACUAGAUAUUCUCAUCAGAAACCACACUUCAGAUACAGAUCAACUCUGUGAUGAUACAACCAAGUCAAGUGGUCAAGCAGAUUACUCAGUGGAACUUCUGAGACAGAAGGAGCCUAUGGUUCCGAGAUGUGUUUUGGAGUCAGCUAAUGAUGAUUCAGAAAAUGAGAGUUCUCUUCCUAAAGAUGAGAGCUUUCACUAUUGCGGAAUGCCACUUAGGAGGGUGGGAAGUAGAGAUGCUGCUUUUAUGCACACUCAGGAAUCUGAUGAUUUCUUCAGACACAAGCAUCUUGUUCCACAGUUCAUGGUUGAGGAUGUGACAAACGAAGAAAACGCCGAUAGUCUCUUAUCAGCAACCAUUGUCCCUCAUGUACAAAGUGAGUCAGACGAUGAUCACAAAUCUUACACAAGAGAGGAUGGGGUUACAAAUGCUGGUCAUAAAUCAGAAAACGAGGAAAAGUAUAAGAAGAGCAGAAACACUGAUGAAUCAUUCAGCGAAGCUGCAAUGGUUGAAAUGGAAGCUGGAAUCUAUGGCUUACAGAUAAUCAAGAACAGUGAUCUUGAAGACUUACACGAGCUAGGAUCUGGUACAUUUGGAACUGUAUACUAUGGGAAGUGGAGAGGAACUGAUGUCGCUAUCAAGAGGAUAAAGAACAGCUGCUUCUCUGGUGGAUCAUCAGAGCAAGCAAGACAGACUAAAGAUUUCUGGAGAGAAGCAAGGAUAUUGGCGAAUCUUCAUCAUCCAAAUGUGGUGGCGUUUUAUGGAGUUGUACCAGAUGGACCUGGUGGAACAAUGGCAACAGUUACUGAGUAUAUGGUGAACGGAUCUUUAAGACAUGUCUUGCAAAGAAAAGACAGAUCGCUAGAUAGGCGCAAGAGGUUGAUGCUAACUCUAGAUGCUGCAUUUGGCAUGGAGUAUUUACAUAUGAAGAAUAUUGUUCAUUUUGAUCUCAAAUGUGAUAACUUGCUUGUUAACUUGAGGGAUCCUCAACGACCUAUUUGCAAGGUUGGUGAUUUUGGACUGUCGAGAAUAAAAAGAAACACGCUUGUGUCUGGUGGAGUGAGAGGAACUCUCCCAUGGAUGGCACCAGAGCUGCUAAAUGGGAGCAGCAAUCGCGUCUCAGAGAAAGUAGAUGUGUUCUCAUUUGGUAUCGCCAUGUGGGAGAUUUUAACAGGAGAAGAACCCUACGCUAAUCUUCAUUGCGGUGCCAUCAUUGGUGGGAUUGUGAACAAUACGUUGAGACCUCAGGUACCAGAACGGUGUGAAGCAGAGUGGAGGAAGCUGAUGGAGCAAUGCUGGUCGUUUGAUCCCGGAGUUAGACCAUCAUUCACUGAGAUUGUUGAUCGGUUAAGGUCAAUGAUUGUUGCCUUGCAACCCAAGCGACGAACCUAAAAGCUCUCUCUCUCUAAUGAAACGUUUAGAGAGAAAAAGAAAAAUACUCAACGUAAGUUGUGCGGAGUUUGUAAAUUAGUAUUUGAGGUAUCUACCGGUUCAUGUAAACGUUGUAUGUAUACCCAAGAUAAGUUGAUGGUUUAUUUGAGUAAACAAUACAAUUUUUUUU